AUGCUGACAGCUGCCUCGGCAGACUCCAACUCCAGCACCAUGAACGUGUCCUUUGCUCACCUCCACUUUGCCGGUGGGUACCUGCCCUCGGACUCCAAGGACUGGAGGACUAUAGUCCCAGCUCUCUUGGUGGCUGUCUGCCUGGUGGGCUUCGUGGGGAACCUGUGUGUGAUUGGUAUCCUCCUUCACAGUGCUUGGAGGGGAAAGCCAUCCAUGAUCCACUCCCUGAUGCUGAAUCUCAGCCUGGCUGAUCUCUCUCUCCUGCUGUUUUCUGCACCUGUCCGAGCUACAGCAUACUCCAAAGGUGUUUGGGACCUCGGCUGGUUUGUCUGCAAGUCCUCUGACUGGUUCAUCCACACAUGCAUGGCAGCAAAGAGCCUGACAAUCGUUGCAGUGGCCAAAGUAUGUUUCAUGUAUGCAAGUGACCCAGCCAAGCACGUAAGUAUCCACAACUGCAGCAUCUGGUCGGUGUUGGCGGCCAUCUGGGCUGUGGCUAGCCUGCUACCCCUGCCAGAAUGGCUUUUUAGCACCACCAGGCAUCACGCAGGUGUGGAAAUGUGCCUCAUGGAUGUACCUGCUGUGGCCGAAGAGUUCAUGUCAAUAUUUGGUAAGCUCUACCCUCUCCUGGUAUUCUGCCUGCCAUUACUCUUUGCCAGCUUUUACUUCUGGAGAGCAUAUGGCCAAUGUCAGAAACGAGGAACUAAGACUCAAAAUCUCAGAAACCAGAUGCGCUCAAAGCAACUCACAGUGAUGCUGCUGAGCAUUGCCGUCACCUCUGCUAUUCUGUGGCUCCCUGAAUGGGUAACUUGGCUGUGGAUGUGGCAUCUAAAGGCUGGAGGCCCGGCCCCACCACAAGGUUUUAUAGCCCUGUCUCAAGUCUUCAUGUUUUCCAUCUCUUCAGCAAAUCCUCUCAUUUUCCUAGUGAUGUCAGAGGAGUUCAAGGAAGUCUUGAAAAGCUUAUGGAAAUGGAUGAUAACCAGAAAACAUCCGACUGCCUCAGAGCCUCAGGAAACACCAGCGGGUAACUCACAGGUCCUUCCUGACAGUGUUCCAUCUCCAGAAUCCCCAACAUUCAAACCAGAGAAAGAGAAAACUGGCUCUCCCUCCUCCGGCAAAGAGAAGAUUGAGAAUCCCAUCCUCCCUGAUGUAGAGCAGUUUUGGCACGAGAGGGACACUGUCCCUUGUGUACAGGACAAUGACCCUAUCCCCUGGGAACAUGAAGAUCAAGAGACAGGAGAUUGUGAUAAAUAG